UUAGUAAAACUGAUAGGAAGCAACGCGGAAAGUCACCACUCUUGCCUCUGCUCUGUCAAAAAGCAGCAGAGAAGGCGUCGUCAUCAGUCUUCACACCAAUAUUAGGAAGACACAGGUGACGACACGACGACUAGAAAAGAAAAAGAGAGAGAGAGAGACGAGAAAGAGAGCUUUGCGUUUCCUAAAAUGGAGCUUUCCCCGAAAGCCAGUAGCUACGGCGACGAGAGUUUCUCAGCUGCAGCAGAAGAUGAAGAAGACGGAGACCAGUGCCGGAUCUGUCGCUCGCCGGAGGAACCAGGAAAUCCGUUAAGAUACCCAUGCCUGUGCCGAGGAUCCAUCAAGUUCGUUCACCAAGACUGCCUCCGUACCUGGCUCCAUCGCCGCCGCGGAAACAACAAAUGCGAGGUGUGUGGGCGAAGCUACUCUUUUGUCCCCGUUUACUCCGAGAAUGCUCCGGAGAGGCUUCCUUGCAACGAGUUUCUUCUCGGAGUCUUGUCAAAAGCAGGACGUUACUUGAAGAUGACUGUUCCUUGGGUUGUGUUGAUUCUCUUGAACAGCUACUUCGUUUCUUUACACCCUUGGGGCCAAGUAGUCGCUGCCGAGUUCCAGAGGGAGUUCUUUAUGUCUCCGAAGUUAGCUUACUUCUCCAUCGGCCUGUUAUACAUCACUGUUGCCGUCUGUUCCAUGACCGUUUUCGCUGUUAUGAGGUUGGAGGUGGGAGAUGUCAACGUCGGGAGGUUUAUUGGGAAUGGAGGAGGAGUUGUGCAGAAGGUCUUGUGGAGGCAUGUGAAGAUCCUUUGUGAUUGGUAUUGUCAUAAACUCGUAGGUUUCUUGGGGCAACCUCCUCAUCGGCUAAUAGUUCUUCCUCCAGAGGCCCCGCUUCAUGAGUUUGGGGUUGUCAGACGGCUGCUUUUCUUUCUGGAUGAUGAUGUCUUUGCUCUUAUCGCCAUCAGUGUUUAUGUGGCUAUCCUCGUUGUUCUUCUGCCUGUUUGGAUUGGAAGGAUUGGAGGCAGCUAUGUGUCUGUGAACUCGCCUGUUGUUCUUGGAUACAUGAUGCUGCUGUCAGUUUGCUUCGCUUACGUUGGAUUCCUCUUCGCUCUCCAUCAAAACUUGUUUCCUGUCAUGGUUCGGUGGCUUUCUCUGGGGGUUCACUUCAUAGCAGUGAGGCUGCCAUGUCUCUUGUGGGUUCUCUCAGUAAAAUCCUGCAAGAGCCUGCAAAGUCUUUUAGCCUUUGGAAUCCGUCAAGCCUCACUUCCAGCUAUGUUCCAGUGGCUUUCUCUAGGGUUUCACUUCACAGCAGUGGUAUUGCCACGUUUCUUGUGGGUUUCUUCAGCAACGGCCUGCAAAAGCCUGCGAAGUCUUGUGAGCUCUAGAAGCAUCUUCAUUCUCUGUCAAGCCUCUCUUCCAGCCAUACUCCAGUGGUUUUCUCUAGGACUUCGCUUCACAACAGUGAUAUUGCCACGUUUCUUGUGGGGUUCCUCAGCAGUGGCCUGCGUAAUCCUAUCUGUCCUUAAGGAAGUUUUAGUCUUGUGCUUUAAAAUUGGUGUUAUGCCUUGGAUAAUUGGAUGCUGGCUCAGAAUCUGCACCUCCCCUUUGUUUGGACCCAUAUUUUCCCAGAGUUUUGAGACUGUUUCAGACCUACUAUGCAUGAUGAUCUCACUUUGGUCUUCUGGAAUCGUUUGCUUGUUGGCUGCUGACUCUUGCAUGAACCGUAUCCAGGAGAUUGUUCAUAAACGAGCCAUUUGGUAUCUCUUGGAUGUCACAGAUCCAAACUACAAGAUCACCAAAAUGAAUUUUGGUCACAGUUUCUUUGCGCUUGCUUCUCAUGGGGUGUUGCUGGUGAUUUUGUUUCACUUGCCAAUUAGAGCAAUCACACUUAUCAGCCCAUCAUUUUUCCCUCUCGAGUUAUGGAUCACCCAGAAAGAGCUUUCUGCUUUUGCACACUCCAUCUAUUUCCACCUAAUGACGUCUUCCCCAAAAUGGUUAAUCGGACAUGUCAUACCAGCUAUGGAACUUCUAAUUCAGAAUUGGAUUAUCACUGUUAGUUCUUGGCUUAAGCUGAGUGAUUACUUGCUGGUUGUGCCCCGACGAGAGAAUCAAAAUGUGAGACCAAUGAUGAGACGAAGAAGGCCGUUGCUUCUAUUCUAUUCAAUAGGUGAAGGCUCUUUGGUCAGUUUGCAUGGAUCUCAGAAUGCUGAAGACGAUACUAAUGACCAAAGAGAUAACAGGUUUCUCCUGAGGAUUGCACUGAUGUUGAUGCUAGCGGCUUUGAGUAUGUUCGUAGUUAGCACAGCCUUUAUGACUUUACCUAUUUUGCUGGGGAGAGGAUUCCUUGAGUCUGUAUCUUUCAUCACGCUAAGAAUUGGACUUAAACGUGACGAUCAACUUGCUUUUUGGAUUGGGUAUAGCAUCAUUGGACAAACGUAUGCCAUCACUUGCUUUGUAUAUGAUCAGAUUCAGAAGGGAAGAUUCGAUUUGCUUCUCAAAGAUGUCUUCAUGUGGAUACGAAAUGGGUUACUUUUCUCCAUCUGGAUCUCUGUCAUACCAGGGUUGCUCGGUCUACUGAUCGAACUUAUGAUCUUCAUCCCAUUACGAGUGCCACUAAAUGAAUCACCGGUCCAUUUCUUGAUCCAAGAUUGGCUGAUAGGAGUAGUGGUGCUUCACAUAUGGGUACUUCUGACAAUGCUCAUGCCUAUCAACUGGUUCGCAACUGAGGCAUGGCUAAGAAAGCUGGAAAGAAUCAGAAGUGUGGGAAUCGAUAGAGUUCCUUCAACGUGGCUGCUUCGAGACGUGAUCGGCUCCAUCAUAAACACACUUCUAACCACACUCUCCAUCCCUUACCUGCUCGUGAAGUGUCUGCUUCCGUUGCUUGGCUUUUCAGAAAGCGUCACUUCAGCUACUGAGCGACUUAUAUGGCCUUCGUUAUUAGCCUUGCUAGUGGUUUGGGUCAUUGCCAGGAUAACACGUGACUUCAUCAUCUACGUUCACCAACUGGUCUUCAAUGAACGGUACUUGGUGGGUGAAAUACUAGACAAUUUGACUGAAGAAGAGAUAGAGCAGCGGAUAUAAUUCAUGGAGUAUAUGACAAACACAGACUCUUGUUGAUAGAACGAAUCAAAAUAUGUUGUCUUUACUCUUUAGCUAUGCUUAGGUUUCUAAUUUUGACAGUAACCAGAGGAAACCAAUUUUAGGUUCUUACUUUGGAUAAGAUACCGAUAUUAUCAGAACCAGCCGGUUUAAAAUGUUGGUUUAACCUCGGUUUAGCAAACGCAAUUUAUAUACAGCGUGUGGUUGGUUGUUC